GGGAUUGCAGCGGUACUGGAUUUCUGGCCAACGUCUAGUUUGGGUCUAGGUUGGAACUGGGACAGUGGCGAUGAGGAAGGAAACCCCGCCUCCGCUGGUGCUCCCGGCGGCCCGUGAAUGGAAUCUUCCCCCUAAUGCGCCAGCUUGUAUGGAACGGCAGUUGGAGGCUGCGCGGUACCGGUCCGAUGGGUCCCUCCUGCUCGGGGCCUCCAGCCUGAGUGGCCGCUGCUGGGCCGGCUCCCUGUGGCUUUUCAAGGACCCUUGUUCCGCCCCCAACGAAGGCUUCUGUUCCGCCGGGGUCCAGACGGAGGCGGGAGUGGCUGAUCUUACUUGGGUAGGCGACAGAGGUAUCCUCGUGGCUUCCGAUUCAGGUGCUGUUGAAUUGUGGGAACUGGAUGAGAAUGAGACUCUCAUUGUCAGCAAGUUCUGCAAGUAUGAACACGAUGACAUUGUGUCUACAGUCAGUGUCCUGAGCUCUGGUACACAAGCAGUCAGUGGUAGCAAAGACUUCUGCAUUAAGGUUUGGGACCUUGCUCAGCAGACAGUACUGAACUCAUACCGAGCACAUUCAGGACAAGUCACCUGUGUUGCUGCUUCUCCUCACAAGGACUCUAUGUUUCUGUCUUGUGGUGAGGACAGUAGAAUUUUACUCUGGGAUACUCGCUGUUCCAAGCCAGCAUCACAGAUGGGCUGCAGUUCUUCUGGCUACCUUCCUACCUCCCUGGCUUGGCAUCCUCAGCAGAGUGAAGCUUUUGUCUUUGGUGAUGAGAAUGGGAACGUAUCCCUUGUGGACACCAAGAGCACUGGUUGUGCUCUCAGCUCAGUGGUGCACUCCCAGGGUGUCACUCGGCUGGUGUUCUCCCCACACAGUGUUCCCUUUCUGGCUUCUAUCAGUGAAGACUGCUCAGUUGCUGUGCUAGACUCAGGCCUUUCAGAGAUGUUUAGAAGCCGAGCCCAUAGAGACUUUGUGAGAGAUGCUACUUGGUCCCUGCUCAAUUACUCCCUUCUUACCACAGUAGGAUGGGACCAUCAAGUCAUCCACCAUACUAUGCCCAUUGAUCCUGUCCCAGCUCCUGAAUCUAACAGUGUUGCUGAAUAG